ACGAAAACGUAGCGUUCAUCACGAAACUCUUAAACUUGGAGUUUCUACAUCGUCGGUCAUCAGAAAGUGUCAGCUUUUGAAGAGAACCGCUGUCAGGUUCAUUAACGACCUUCAGACCGGAGUCACACAACUGUGCGUGUUUUGUGUUAGCGAAAUAACUGAAUGAAUGGGGGCUGAUCGAUGGGAGACUCGUGGAACAUCAACAACUUUAAACAAGCUCUCGUCGACGAAAAGAGAAGCAACUACAAACCCACGUUUGGCGCUAUGAGGCAUUCGCCUACUAACGAGAGAGGAGUCGUCGCGGACGUGAAAGUGAUUGAUGUUGAGAAACGUAGGAGCAAAGAACAUUCCAACAGCAAAAAUUAUGAAUACAAGUUGAAAGUAAAAUGGCUGGACGAAAACCAAUAUUGCAUAUUUCGACGAUACAGUAUGUUUUUCGAUCUACAGGCUGGCUUGCGACAACUUUUUCAGGAAAAGCAAAGUAUUUCCAUUCCUGAAUUACCUGUUGCUCGCUUGGCUUAUGCCGGUGGAAUGCUGUUUGGAGCACUGGCAAAGAAGCAAUGUAAACACAUUGAAGACUUCUGCCAGAGAGUGAUCCAGCUACCUCCAGUUGUCUCUCAGUCAGACAUUGUUCUGCAGUUCUUCAGCCAGUGGGGAACAGAUGCAUUUGUUAGACCUGAUAACGAAAAAGGCAAAUUACUCACAUCUCCCACUGGACGAAAUGAUGAAGAGUUUGUAGAGAGGUACCAUUCGGUUGCUGAGUUUGCAGCUGGUGGAAAAGGAGAGAUGAGCUUGAGAGAAAAUGAGGUUGUGACUGUCAUUGAAAAAAACAAUACAGGUUGGUGGCUUGUCGCAAACUCAAGAGGUGAGCACGGCUUUGCCCCGGCAACAUUCCUUGAACCAGUAGAUCUUGGCCAACGAUCAGAAGAGGAAGAGUGGAGAGAAGUCGAAGGUGAUGAUCGCUUUUGGGUAGCUCUUGAUUCCUACACGGCUAAGAGUGAUGACGAACUUACAUACAGAGCUGGCGAGGAGGUUGAAGUUUUGGCCACCAGUAACUUCGGCUGGUGGAAGAUAAGAAUUAAGGGUGAGGUUGGCCUUACACCAGGAUCCAAUCUGGCGCCAAAGCCGAGCGUGAAUGACGAACAAAGAAAACGGGUUUCUACAUAUUCCAGUAUCAGCGGCAUAUACGCAAGUAUUAGGUCUCCUCCACCAAGAAGAGAUUCCUGUAAAACAAAGAAAAGUGAAACCAACGACAAUGACUCCGCAAGGGCACGAAUUUUACGCUCCCAAUCCACGCCUCAUGCUUUAGAAUACGCCACAGUGGAGAUACUCCCAAACCCUCAAGCAGGAAACAGAAAUCCUCAAGUCAGCUUUGAAAAUGCCAGUGACGGUAUUCCUCAGUAUGCAACCGUUAUUCCAAAGCAUUUGAGACUCAGAUCGCAUAGUGUGAGUGAAGACGGCACGGAAACUGCAAGGAGACCGAAACGGAAUGGCUACCCAGACCUCCCUCCCCCUCCCUCUGUGUGGGUAUCACACAACUCUUAUGAUGGCAGCCAUGAUGACCCUGGAUAUGCGACAGUGCGCGAGUUUAGACAACCCUUGAUGGCCAGUACGCCCAGAGUACGCUUGCUACAAGCCCCAGAUGAUGGCAUCGUCCGCUUUGGCUCCCACAAGUAUGAGAAUGUUCUCAGGCCAGAUCUUCAUGCAGCCACUCCUGGGGAGCAUUAUAUGGCUAUCACGAAUUAUACUCCUCCAGCUGAUCGCGCUGAAGACCUGCCACUAUCAACGGGUGAGACGGUGCGUCUCCUCUCUGAAGAUGGCGCCUGGGCUUUUGUCUGCACCGUGGACCCUGCCAAGAGAAGAGGGUGGGUUCCGUCAUCAAUGCUGAAGAGGAAAGGAGGUUCAGCGCAUCCCGCGACCCGGAGAUCGUUGUCUGUGGGUGAUAUUUACAACGCAUUUGAAGAUGAGCAAGCCGCGGGACAGAGGAUAACCCCAACCCCCAAGCCACCUGUGCCGACGCCGAGGAGUGAUCUGGAAUUGAGAAAGCAGCUUUCAGUGGAUUUCGUGGGUGCACCUAGUGAAGAGGCCCCUCCAAUGCCAGGCGCCCCUCCUGGUCAUGAUCAUAACCCUGGAAAGGUGAAUGAGCAUUACUUUGCGCGGGAAGACUUCACAACAAAAAAUUCCAAGUGUAUCUCCGUACGUAAAGGAGAGGUGGGUCAGUUACUGGAAGUGCAAGCCUCGGGCUGGUGGAAGAUGAGUGUUGAGGGUGUGGUCGGGUGGACGCCUGGUGAUUUCUGGGAACUGCUACAGGCUGAGGAAGAAUCACCUAAGAACAACCCAAGGGAAAGAAUAAGUUCUUUCGGGGAUGAGUUGUGGUACUACGGGAAAAUGUCCAGACAAAAGUGCGAGGAGCUUAUGUUGAGGAAUGCCAAAGAACUCGACUACUUGAUAAGGGAAAGCACUCAGAAGUUUGCGUCAUUCGUGCUCUCGGUCAAGUACGGUGGAAAAAUCCGUCAUUUUCCCAUAGAGCUGACGCCAAGUGGUCGCUACGUCAUCGGCAAACACGCGUUUGACGGACUGACGGAAAUCGUGACGUUUUACAAGACACACGCGUUGUUUUACACGCAAAACAAGGAGCCAGUGAACCUGGGUGAAUCAUUCCGAGGAAUGUAGAUCGUCUCUGCCAUGGUGUUAGCCUUCUUGCGAAGAAAUCCCUUCGGCUUGUCCGCAGUUGCAAUGAUGGACUAAGAUUUCUUUGACACGCAAUCAAAGAGAUAUCUUUACUUGUCACGCUGAAAGAUUGCGUGACUGUAACUUUGAAGUGCGCUGUACUGAUAAGAGAUUAAUCAAUCAAUCUCAAGAAUUCUUUGUUUGAUAAGUAGAUUAAACAAUUUAUCGGUUCCAGACUCUUACAAUCUGGUGAACGAGUCGAAUGAAGUAACCCUGAUUGGAUGAGAAGAAGUAUAUAAAUCACUUAUCUCCUCUCCUUUGUAGAAUUUUCGCUUCGCUGACCACAUUCCCUCCUUCUCCAUAUUCUAAGAUCUUGGAACCUGUCUUUCUGGGAAAACUCUCCGCACAUUUAGACGUGUUCAUCGCAUUUUCAACUAAGAAACUCGCGGCAAAAUAGAAUCCCUUUGCUUCAAAUAAAAACAGAUAC